AUGAAAGAUGGCCUAUGGCAUUUGACAGUAAAUAAUGCAAUUUACAAUCAUGAGAUAUCAGAAGACAUGUCAGGGCACUUAUCAAAUCUUUCGGCAAUAUCAAAAGAUAUCUAUAAUACUCAUGAUAAAAUUAGACAUGAUAACUUUCAAGGUCACACACCACUUCAGGCUCUUUUUGAUGAGCUUAAAGAAGGAAACUUUGA